CCACUUUCUUGCUCUUUCUAACACAUGUCAUGAAAUUUUGUGCAUUUUAAUUUCUCUUCUUCGUCUUCUUCUUUUCUUUCUUUUUCUUCUUAUUAUUAUUGUUUUGCUUUGUUGAUUUUAUGGUGCCCUUUUUCGUUAUCACCCUCUACUGGGAAUUUCAAUUUUCAUUGUCGAUUUCUCAAACCCAAAUAAACCUCUUCCUUUCUUAAUUCGCCACUUUUGUUUUUACAUGUUUUCGCCGAUUCUUGCAUGUUUUUGUUGAAGGUUGCAUCUUUCUUUUCAAUAUUGAAUCUUUUUUAUUAUGGGGGUAUGUGCAAGCGCGAUGAAGUGAAGUUUCUUGCUGGAAAGAGUUUGAAUUUACUGUCUUUGGUGGUCAGAGUUGCGCCAGACAUCAAAAUCUUGGAUGUAGGUGGAACUGGUGCGUGAAAUAGCUUGCAGGAUUUGGAGGACUUCCGACUAACUAUAGGAUAAAUCUCAGAGAUCACCUUGUGGCACUUCACCUUCUAUACCUUGAUUAAUUGAGGUUAUUGAGUGCAGCAAAUGCUGUCAGGUUCACCGACUCAAGGAAUGUUUUCAACUUCAAGGAUUGGAAACAGUGAAUCUCCCAAUAGUGGGGCCUCUUCUUCUUUUGCCCUGCCUAUUGUAGACAUGAGUGAAAAUGAGGAAACAGAAUUGCUCUCAAUAACAUGGAAUCAGGACUAUCGUUGCUUUGCUGCUGGAACAAGUCAUGGUUUUCGUAUUUAUAAUUCUAAACCUUGCAAAGAAACUUUCAGACGUGAUAUGAAAAUUGGUGGUUUUAAAAUUGUAGAGAUGCUAUUCCACUGCAAUAUUCUAGCACUUGUUGGUGCUGUAGCUAAUUCACACUACCCACCAAAUAAAGUUUUGAUAUGGGAUGAUUAUCAGAGCAGGAGCAUGUGUGAAUUCACAUAUAGAUCUGAAGUUCGAGGAGUGAAAUUAAGACGUGAUCGAAUUGCAGUUGUCCUUGAACACAAGAUAUAUGUUUAUAGCUUGACAGAUUUGAAGCUUCUUCAUCAGAUUGAGACUCUGGCAAAUCCUAGAGGGUUGUGCUGUCUUUCACACCAUUCAAAUACAUUUGUUUUGGUUUGUCCAGGUUUAAACAAAGGACAGGUUCGAGUUGAACAUUUUGGACUGAACGUGACAAAAUUAAUCAAUGCUCAUGAUUCUCAAAUUGCAUGUUUUACUCUGACAUUGGAUGGACUCCUUCUUGCAACUGCUAGUAUAACGGGCACUUUAAUUAGAAUCUUCAAUACAAUGGACGGAACUCAAUUACAAGAAGUAAGAAGAGGUGCAGAUAGAGCUGAAAUCAGCAGUAUAGCCUUUUCUCCAAAUGUUCAGUGGUUGGCAGCAUCAAGUGACAAAGGCACUGUUCAUGUAUUCAGCUUGAGAGUGAGAGUGUCUGGGGAGGAUAGUUUGACUCAGCCAAAUGUUGCUCAAGGUCCUGCACUGUUUGAUCAGAAUUCUUCUACUUCUUUGGAUCCCUUGAUUUCAACAAAUACUGGCGCCAACCCCAAUUCUGCGUUUUCUUUCAUGAGAGGACUUCUACCAAAAUAUUUUAGCUCAGAGUGGUCAUUUGCACAGUUCCGUUUGCCCCAAAGCACCCAUUUAAUUGUGGCAUUUGGAUCUGAGAACGAUGUCAUAAUUGUUGGCAUGAAUGGGAGUUUCUACAGAUGCAGCUUUGAUAUAGUUCAUGGGGGAGAGAUGGUGCAGAAGGAGCAUGUUAGUUUCCUAAAAUUUGAAAAUAAGCGAUAAACAAUUUCUAGUUUCUCAACAUCUUUGUCAAGCAUCAACAACUCUCCUCAAGCACUGUAAAUAUGUUCCAGCAACAGACAAUAAACGGUUCACAUCAUGUGUGAAAAUGAUUCCCCGGUAUUGGAGGAUCUGGAGAUACAUUGUUGAAUACCUUGUAUAUUUUGAGGAACAAAUUAGAUUGAAAAGGAGAAAUACCAAGCAGCAGAUUCAUCACAAAUAAAUCACUUACUGGAUAUCUCUUUUAUAUCACAGUGGAGUGGAGUGGAUGGUUUGUUGUGGUACAUUGUCAUAUUACAUGGAUACAUUACAUUCACAUCAUGCUUGGAACUCCUCGGUGGUAUUCCAUUUACUUGGAUUAGGUCUGAGAUACACAGAAAUUGAAAACUUCAUACUAUCAUUCCUUUUGUACAGUGUCAAAGUAACAUGAUUAGGUUAAAUCAUUUAUUUGGUUCUGUAGUUCAACACACUUUACUUUUCAGUUUUUAUUCUUAAAAAUCAUCCGAUUUAAUUCUCCUA